AUGUCCGCCACAGAAGUCACGUCCGAAAACGUCGCGCAAAUCUUGCAGAAUGACACACGGGUGAAGCUGGCUGGCGUCGACGCCGACGGCAUGCUUCGCGGCAAGCUGGUCUCCAAGAAGAAAUUCCUCUCGGUCGUCGAUGAGGGAUUCGGUUUCUGCUCGGUCAUUUUUGGCUGGGAUAUGCAUGAUAGAACAUAUUUCCGCGAGCUUGGGAUCAGCAACAAAGAGAACGGUUACCGGGAUCUCCUGGCCAAACCGGAUCUCUCCAGUUUCCGCCGCAUCCCCUGGGAGAAUAACGUGCCUUUCUUCCUCGUCAGCUUCUAUGACCCGGAUACGAAGGAGCCGUUGUUUGCAUGUCCUCGGAGCUUGCUGAGGAUGGCUCUGCGCAAGCCCGAGGCGCAAGGGUAUCGUGCGAUGGCGGGUGCGGAAUAUGAGUUUUACCAGUUCGCAACACCCAAUCGCAAUGCCUCGUCCACGGCAUCCUUCUUGAAAGAGAACCCGGUCGAGGCGCUCCCGUCGAUCACAGACGGGAUGUUCGGAUACAGUUUGACGCGUCCGAUUCAUAACCAAGACUACUACUACGGCAUCUUUGAUGCCUGCGAGCAAUUUAACUGUGAGAUCGAGGGGUGGCACACCGAGAGCGGACCGGGCGUUUAUGAAGCGGCCUUACAGUUCGGCGAAGCCAAGGGGAUGGCGGAUAAAGCAGGACUUUUCAAAUAUGUCGUCAAAUCCAUCGGCACGAAACAUGGCAUCACGCCGACCUUCAUGGCAAAGCCGCGCGAGGGCUUACCGGGCAACAGUGGCCACAUGCACAUUUCGCUGGUGAACAGUGAUGACACGAAUGCGUUCCACCGUUCAACCCCGGAUCCCUCUCCUCCGUACCCCGACGUGGCUUACCUUUCUGACCUGGGACGAUGUUUCCUGGCUGGGAUCCUUACGGGGCUUCCGGACAUUAUGCCAAUGUUCGCGCCGACUGUCAACUCCUACAAGCGCUUAGUGGAGAACUUCUGGGCCCCGGUAACCGUGUCUUGGGGCUUAGAGCACCGGGCCGCAUCUAUUCGUCUUAUUACGCCGCCAACCGCGAGCCCGAAGGCCACUCGGCUGGAGGUACGUGUGCCUGGAGCCGAUGCGAACCCGCAUUUCGUGCUGGCAGCCAUAGUCGCAUUGGGAUGGUGGGGUGUGGAGAAGAAACUCGAGAUUCCUGUCCCGCCGCUAUCCAAGGGUGAGGAUAUGGGGGGCGAGAGCGAUAAGGGAGUACGGCUUGCUAAGAAUUUGGGUGCGGCGAUCGCCACGUUUACGCGAAAAGACAGUGUCGCACGGGAAGUCUUUGGCGAUGCUUUCGUUGAUCACUUUGGUGGGACUCGGGAACAUGAACUGCGCUUGUGGGAAGAGGCCGUAACGGACUGGGAGGUGCGACGGUAUAUUGAGACAGUCUAG